CACCUACCUACCCCGUCUCUCUUCCCCUCGCCUCCCCUCUCCUCCCCGUCGUUUUCACCAAUUCCCUUCUUCCGCGCGGCACCCGUGACCCCCCGCGGCCGCCCCCUCACCGGCGGCUGACCAAUUCCACAUUUCUUUUCGGAAAAUUAAUAACCACGGCGAUUCCACACUUCGAACCCGUUCCGCUUCCGCCUCACGCGGCAGCACCGCUCCCGCCGCCCCGCGGGUCGCGUCGAGUCGGCCACCUCUUCCGGGGCUUCGGUUCCUUCCGCGCAAUUCUACCGGCGAAAGCAGAGUGGAGUACCGACUAGAAGACGAGAGCCUCUCCGCACCCCGAACCCUACGCUGCCCCCGACCGCCUGCCAAUGGACCGCCUCGCCGACGGCCUCGCGGCGGCAUCCAUCUCCGACCCGGCGGACCAGGGCGCCGCGGCCGCCGGAGCGCCCAGCGCCGAUUACCUCCUCAGCGUCAUGCGCGCCGUCGAGGGCGCCGACGCCACCAUCCGGAGCCAGUUGGAAGAGAAUAACCGCCUUAAGGAGGAGCUGUUGCGAAAAACACAGCAGUUGCAGAGGAUGAGGGAAGAUGCUACAUCCCAAAGUUCUUCAAGUGGAGUAGGCCAAGAACGCAAUUCUGUUGCUAAUAAAAUGGAUGGCCCAAAGUCAUUUGAUAACGGCUUUUCAAUAAAUCCCCAAACUACCUCUAUCUAUCCUCAGAAUGGAAGUUUUGGAAGCGGAGAGCAUCUGACUCAGGAAAGCAUGAAACAGAAAUACCUUGACAGUCCUCAGGUUAACGGAGGAUUUAAAAGGUCAUUAGGUGAACAGACUGCUGUGGAUAAUGGUGGUCCAUCACAGUUCUCUACUCCUUCAUCUCGGUCCCUUUCUCCCAAUAGGCACAGAAAAGAUGGAGAUUAUGAUUCCAGGUUACUGCCAGUUUCAGAUAUGAACUCAAACAUAUCCUGGAAGCAGGACCUUACUGUUAAGGUCAAAGAAGGUGAAGAAGAGAUUGCACGAUUAAAGAAGCAUCUCGCUGAUUACUCUGUGAAAGAAGCACAAAUACUUAGUGAGAAAUACACGUUGGAGAAACGUAUCGCCUAUAUGCGCAUGGCAUUUGAUCAGCAGCAGCAAGAUUUAGUUGAUGCAGCAUCAAAAGCUUUGUUGUACAGGCAAGAUAUUAUUGAGGAGAAUAUCCGUCUAACAUAUGCAUUGCAGGCAGCCCAACAAGAAAGAUCGACUUUCAUAUCUUCUUUGCUGCCUCUUCUGUCUGAGUAUGAUAAUCUCCAGCCCUCUGUUCUCGAUGCCCAAUCAAUUGUUGGUAAUCUGAAGGUUUUGUUUAGGCAUAUGCAGGAGCAACUUAUUGUUAUUGAGGAGAAAUUAAGGGAGUCGCGGUACCAAAUUACUCCAUGGCAUACUGAAUUGUCGAAUAAUACCAGCCAUCCUGUACCUACUGAUCCUCCUGCUGGAAAAGUAUUGGUGACUACAAGCAAAAGCAGCUUUGAUAUUGUUCCCCAGACACCAUAUCCUCACGUUCAAUCACCAAUGUCUUCCCCAGUUCAAGCUAGAAGUGAUUGGGGUGCAUUCGGUAACAAAAACCAUCAUGUUACUCCAAGUGAGGUUCCUACAAGAAAUGCUGAACAAGAUGACAUGGGAGGGAACUCUCUUUCGAGCAGAAGCCAAUUUAGGACAGAUGUUUCUGCUCAAGUAUCUCAAGGUGAUUCUCAUGCUGUCCGGUUUCACGAGACCCCGAGUCAAAACCCACCAUUCAAGGGUCUUAGUAGAAAUGAUGUACUGGAUGGUUCAGAGAGCGCUGAAUCCCAAAACACCCAAGAACCUUCUACUCGAUGGGGUCCUGGGGACUCACCUAAUUUGGCAUCUGGUCUUGAGGAUGCAAACCCUUCAUAUCCUUAUCUUCCUACAGUUCUUGAGGAGCCUGGUUCUUCUUUCUCUGAAGCUGCAGAUGAUGAUCCAUUGCCAGGUAUAGAAGGGCUUCGAAUCACAGGUGAACCUUUUCCGGGACGAGAACUUCUAGCAAGCGGUUACCCCAUCAAUGGUACCACAACUUGUAAUUUUGAGUGGGUACGCCAUUUAGAAGAUGGCUCCGUAAAUUUCAUAGAAGGAGCAAGGCAGCCUAGCUAUGUUGUUACAGCCGAUGAUGUGGACACUUUACUAGCCAUUGAAGUCCAGCCCCUAGAUGAUAGGAAAAGAAAGGGGGAAUUUAUCAAGGUUUAUGCUAACGAGCAAGGAAAAAUAUCAUGUGAUCCUGAAACGAAGGAGCUUAUUAAGAAAACUCUUGAAAUUGGGCACGUGACCUAUGAAGUCCAAGUCCAACAGCCUGUCAGAUUUUUAGACAUGUGGGAACCAGCUGUUUUAGCAAUAAAGAGAGAGGGCUACAGCAUUAAAUGUAUUGGUCAGCGUGGUGUUGUUAUCACUGAGAAAUUUCAGCAAGCAACUGCUAUUCAGAUUCCACAUGGGCGUCAAACAGAGUUUUUGAUUAUAUCUGCUGAUGGUGUUGAUUAUAAUCUGAAGCCAGCAGAAAAUACACUGUUGCGGGAUACUAUUGUUCUAGUAUUAAGGUUGUUCAAAAAUAUGGCUGUUGAGAGGAGAAGAGGAAGAAAGAAGGGCCUUUUCUUCAAGUAGACCCACUUACCUUGUAUUUACGCUUCUUCUAAUGUAUGUAGCAUAUCGUUUGAUAGGUGCGGCGUAUAUGUUAGUGUUGUCUUUUAUCUGUUGUAAAAUUUCACACACGAUUUUGUUGUAAACUGAUCAAAGAACCCACAGCAACCUAUGUUGAUAAUAUUUUUUCUGCCCUCUCAGAAGAGCAGGUCCUAUCA